AUGGCUGAGACUGUAAAGUUCCUGGGAGUGAUGAUCACCAACAAUCUGGCCUGGUCCAUCCAUGUUGAUGCGACAGUCAAGAAAACACAACAACGACUCUACUUCCUCAGGAGGCGAAGGAAACUCAGCACGUCCCCAGUCAUAAGUGACUACAAGCCGUCCACCCUGCCUCCACACCUCCACACUAGUGACUACAGGCCCUCCACCCUGCCUCCACAUCUCCACACUAGUGACUACAGGCCCUCCACCCUGCCUCCACACCUCCACACUAGUGAUUACCGGCCCUCCACCCUGCUUCCACACCUCCACACUAGUGAUUACAGGCCCUCCACCCUGCCUCCACACCUCCACACUAGUGACUACUGGCCCUCCACCCUGCCUCCACACCUGCACACUAGUGACUACAGGCCCUCCACCCUGCCUCCACACCUCCACACUAGUGAUUACAGGCCCUCCACCCUGCCUCCACACCUGCACACUAGUGACUACUGGCCCUCCACCCUGCCUCCACACCUCCACACUAGUGAUUACAGGCCCUCCACCCUGCCUCCACACCUCCACACUAGUGACUACUGGCCCUCCACCCUGCCUCCACACCUGCACACUAGUGAUUACAGGCCCUCCACCCUGCCUCCACACCUCCACACUAGUGACUACAGGCCCUCCACCAUGCCUCCACACCUGCACACUAGUGAUUACCGGCCCUCCACCCUGCUUCCACACCUCCACACCAGUGACUACAGACCCUCCACCCUGCCUCCACAUCUCCACACUAGUGACUACAGGCCCUCCACCCUGCCUCCACAUCUCCACACUAGUGAUUACAGGCCCUCCACCCUGCCUCCACACCUGCACACUAGUGAUUACCGGCCCUCCACCCUGCUUCCACACCUCCACACUAGUGAUUACAGGCCCUCCACCCUGCCUCCACACCUCCACACUAGUGACUACUGGCCCUCCACCCUGCCACCACACCUCCACACUAGUGAUUACAGGCCCUCCACCCUGCCUCCACACCUGCACACUAGUGACUACUGGCCCUCCACCCUGCCUCCACACCUCCACACUAGUGAUUACAGGCCCUCCACUCUGCCUCCACACCUCCACACUAGUGACUACUGGCCCUCCACCCUGCCUCCACACCUGCACACUAGUGAUUACAGGCCCUCCACCCUGCCUCCACACCUCCACACUAGUGACUACAGGCCCUCCACCAUGCCUCCACACCUGCACACUAGUGAUUACCGGCCCUCCACCCUGCUUCCACACCUCCACACCAGUGACUACAGACCCUCCACCCUGCCUCCACGUCUCCACACUAGUGACUACAGGCCCUCCACCCUGCCUCCACACCUGCACACUAGUGAUUACCGGCCCUCCACCCUGCUUCCACACCUCCACACUAGUGAUUACAGGCCCUCCACCCUGCCUCCACACCUCGACACUAGUGACUACAGGCCCUCCACCCUGCCUCCACACCUGCACACUAGUGACUACUGGCCCUCCACCCUGCCUCCACACCUCCACACUAGUGAUUACAGGCCCUCCACCCUGCCUCCACACCUGCACACUAGUGAUUACAGGCCCUCCACCCUGCCUCCACACCUCCACACUAGUGACUACAGGCCCUCCACCCUGCCUCCACACCUGCACACUAGUGAUUACCGGCCCUCCACCCUGCUUCCACACCUCCACACCAGUGACUACAGACCCUCCACCCUGCCUCCACGUCUCCACACUAGUGACUACAGGCCCUCCACCCUGCCUCCACACCUCCACACUAGUGACUACAAGCCCUCCACCCUGCCUCCACAUCUCCACACUAGUGACUACAGGCCCUCCUCCCUGCCUCCACAUCUCCACACUAGUGACUACAGGCCCUCCACCCUGCCUCCACACCUGCACACUAGUGAUUACCGGCCCUCCACCCUGCUUCCACACCUCCACACUAGUGACUACAGGCCCUCUAUCCUGCCUCCACACCUGCACACUAGUGACUACAGGCCCUCCACCCUGCCUCCACAACUCCACACUAGUGACUAUAGGCCCUCCACCCUGCCUCCACAACUCCACACUAGUGACUACUGGCCCUCCACCCUGCCUCCACAACUCCACACUAGUGACUACAAGCCGUCCACCCUGCCUCCAACCUCCACAUUAGUGACUAAAGGCCCUUCACCCUGCCUCCACACCUCAACACUAGUGACUACAAGCCGUCCACCCUGCCUCCACACCUCCACACUAGUGACUACAGACCCUCCACCUGCUUCCACACCUCCACACUAG